AUGGACGGAGACAUGUCUUUCGAAUUCUCCUCCAAGGAGGAGGAAGAGGAGGACUGGGCUCAGACCCAGGCCCGAGACGAAGCCAAUAUCCAAGCGCUGCUUGGCGAUACCACCAACGUGAACCUCGGUUUGGACUCGGAGAAGCCGCUCGAGAUAGACCAGUCGAAGAAAGCCGAAGAUGCCAUCGAUUACGAGGAUAUUGACCUCAGUGACGAGGAUCUGCCCGAUGAAGAGGAACCCAGUGAACAGCCCAGCGGUGGCGCCUCCGCCGAGCUCCCCAGUUUGACCGACGAUGGCGGUACGAGCUAUGAAGUCGACGAUCUAUUCGGCGAGGGUCGAGAGUCCUCACCUUUGCUCCCCGACGCUCCACCGUCACCGCAACCGGAAAUCCAAGAGACCCCAGAACAAGAAUACAUCAGGAAGUGGCAAGAAGGACAAGACCAUCGGGAAACUAUUGAAGAGCUGCGAGCUCUGAAUUUCCAAGACAAGAAGUUACCUGGUAUGAUCGCGGACGAUGCGGAAGCUUGCAAGUUGCAUUUUCCCGAUUUCACGAGAGGCGUAACACUGGAUUACAAUGCUUUGAUCCAGAUCAGGCAAUGUAACUGGAUUCCGAAGCAGUCUCUCAAGCCGCCGAAGCCUCUAAUUCCGACCAAGCUCAGCCUCGACAUCGAUGUUGACCAGGAGAAACAAUUCAGAAUUCCUGGUCCAACCUCUGUCAGCAUCCAGCAGAAGAUUCAGGCGGCAGAGAACGCAGGUCUCGUGUCGCUCCUUGUCCCAGAACGUGUCGAUGAAGCAGAUCUCGAGAUUUUUAAGGUGGACUCGACAGAUGACUUCGAGCUUGUGGGUGGAUUCACUUUGCAAGACAUUGAGACGGUCUGCUUGGACUGGGACUCCAUCAUAGACCCUCCUGUCGCUGUCAGACGUGAUGAACCUGCGACAUCAUCUCUCCCGCCCGGCGAGCCGGAUGAGGAUGAAGAAUGGAACAGAGCCAUGGGCUUCGAUGACCCCCCGACGAAACGGCGCAAAGUCACACAUGAGAAGGGCCUUCCCGAGAUAUCCCGAUUUGUCGCCCCCUCAUUCGACCAGUUCGAUGAAGCCACGAAGCGAAGUGCCAAGCGCGUACGUCUUGAUAUGAACGAUCCGUUCUUGUUGAUAGACGACAUGGAAUCAGAGCGCCCCGCCAAACGGCCGCGUCAGAAUCACAAGAUGAAGCGUAUGGCUGAUGGCAAGAUGGCCCGAGACAUCUUCGAACGCUUCAACUUUUCUAACGAUGAUGCGUAUGAGGCUCUUAAAGAGAAUGUCAGGGAUAAGGUUCGAGCCACGCUUGGCGGAGUUCAAGUCGAGCACAGUCUUCCUGCUCUCAAGCUUCUGUGGCCAUACUACCUGGUCAAGCUUACAGAUCCUAAUCCUUUCAACUAUCACCGCCCGCACUUGAAGGUUCGCAAGAACAUUAAGAACGAUCUGCGUUUCGUCAAACCCCAGCAGCUUCGCAGGAAAGACCUCAAGGGGCAGAAGAUCCAGGAUAUCUACAAACACUCUAGAGAUCUGACCUUGAAUGACAAUUCAACGGCAGUUCUUUUCGAAUACUGCGAGGAGAUCCCGACAGUUUUGUCCAAUUUUGGCAUGGGCAACCGCGUCAUCAAUUACUACAGAGUCAAAGAUAGUAACGACGAGAAGCCGCCCGUCAAACUCGAAAUUGGUGAGAACAAGGUUCUUCUCGCUGAAGACAGGUCUCCAUUUGCCAUCUUCGGAAGUGUCAAUGCUGGCGAGAUUGUGCCGACAUUGCAGAAUCAGAUGUAUCGCGCUCCGGUCUUCAAGCAUACUCCCAGAAAGACGGAUUUUAUCAUUGGUCGUAGCAGUACUGGAUUGGGUCAGUCCAACUAUUAUCUACGCAAGAUUGACCACCUCUUCGUUGUGGGCCAGAACUUCCCUUCUAUUGAGGUGCCUGGUCCGCACUCGAGGAAGGUUACAAAUACGAGCAAGAACCGUCUGAAGAUGUUGUCUUACCGCUUGAUCACCAAGAAGGGAGCCGUGGGCUUGACCGAUAUCACCGAGCAUGUCAAGGACUCCAACGACGCGCAGAACCGCCAGAAGCUCAAGGAGUUCUUGUCUUACGAUAAGGAGUCGCGAAGCUGGGGCCUGAACGAAGGCGAGAAGCUCAUGGAUCCUGAUACCAUUAACUCCAUGGUUCAGCCUGAGGAUGUUUGCCUGAUGGAUGCUAUGCAGAUUGGCGCGUACGAAGUCGAGAAGAGCGGUUUCACUAUUGAUGAAAAAGAUUUGGACAAAGAUGACGACGACGCCGAGCCUACCAAUGAUAACCUCGCCAAUCAGUUGGCGCCUUGGAAGACUACAAAGGCUUUCAUUGAUGCAACUUCGGGGAAGGCUAUGCUCAAGCUUCGCGGUGAGGGUGACCCAACAGGCAAAGGCCUUGGCUUUAGUUUCAUCAAGACCUCUAUGAAGGGCGGCUUCCUCAAUGUACUGCACGAGCUGGGAUCCCAUGCUACAUCUGCAGAUGCCAUGGAGCGCGAGCGCAAGGCGAACAACGGUCACUCAUAUAAUGUCAAGAAACAAGAGGCUGCGUACCAGGAAGUCAUCAAUGACAUCUGGGGCAAGCAGAAGGAAACUCUUGAAGAUGCUACUACGUAUGACGACGCAGAUGUCCAGCCUCAAGAGGACGAGGACGAGCGUCUUUAUCCACAGACUCAGCCUGCCGCUACCCCGCGGUUCGAUGAGAGCAUGAGUGUCUUCAGCCGUCCUAGUGCAACAAGCACGAGGCAUGGCAAGAGAAAGUUGAGAAUUCAGCGAAAGCAGUAUCGUGCCGACGGCACAGAGGAGUGGAUUGAUGAGAUCGUGGAAGAUCCCGGUGUAAUCGCGCAAUACAUCAAGUCCAGGCGUCAGCUAGAUGAGGAAACUCUGGAUAAGGAUAUAAAGUUCACUGGAGACGCGGAAGCCGACCGCAAAAUCAUCGAAAAGAUUGAGAGGGAACAGAAUCGUCUCGAGAAGAACAAAGAGCGCCGUCACCAACGCGAGAAGCAGAAGAAGCAAGCCAAAGGCAUUGCUGAUCCUUCUGGAGGCUCGCCUGAGCCAUCAGUCGAGGGCAAGGCAGCCGGAACGACUCGCAAAUGCGCCAAUUGUGGUCAAGUUGGCCAUAUCAAGACCAACAAGAAGUACACACCCCAUUUCUUUAGAUGA